AUGAAUUACAAAAUAUGGGAAAAUAAAGCCAUUACUUUAGGAAAAUGUCUUACAGUUUUUAUUUCGGUAAAACAUUUUCAGGAAAAGAAGCAACACGAUCUUUCCUUUCUCUUUGCCUUCCCCUUCCCCUUCCCCCAUCCUUUUUGGGAAGAGUUUGCUUUGAUUCGUGAUAAAUUCCCCAAGUUUCUCAUCAAAAUUGAAAAUUUUCAAUCGUCUUCUCUUUUAAUCUUCUUGAUUCCGAAUCUUUCCCAGAAGGUAAAUGCUGAAAAAGUUGCUGUAUUUGGAAAGAAAAUGACACAAAAGCUCUACAGAAGGCAUUCAGGAAGACCAGGUGGCAUGAAAGUGGAAACAUUCAACCAGCUGCAGCAGAGAAUUCCUGAAAGAAUUAUUGAGCACACUAUUCGUGGUUCCUUCCUAAAAGAAGAGCAUUGUUUAACCACUUAAAGGUUUACAAGGGUCUAGACCAUCCACACGAUGCUCAGAAGCCUAUUGAGCUGCCAAUACAAGACAAGAGGGUUCAGAAGCAGAGAUAAACAAAAUAUAAAGCAGGGUUUGGCUUGAGAAUGUGCAGGCAAUGCUUCACAUCCUGCUUCAUUUACUCAUGUUUUUGAAAAUAAAUCAUGUGACUGGUUAAAAUUUAAUAGUAGCUAUUAGAGGGUAUCCGUAAUCAUAAUAUACUUUUAUUUAUGUAAUUGAUGAAAAAUAAUUUCAUUUCUAAAUUUUUGACAUUUACUAUCCCUAAUUUGAAUAUAUUUUGCUGAAAUUUGAUAAUUGGUUCAAUAGAAAUCAAAUUGUAUAUGAAAGCUUUUUCUAUGCAGUGAUGUUGUGCUUGUCUUGGAUUGGAGAUAAAGCAGAUAUAAUGUGUAGACAUGCAGUUGUACUCUUCAAAUUCUGUAAUGAUGUAUGAUUGUUCAUUAUUGAGUGGGAUGCAUUUGAGCAAGUUUGCUGAAAUUACGGAGUGGUUCGAUCAACCAUCGAUGAAGGUGGCGGUCACAGUUAAUGCACCUGCUGUUCUCAAAUUGGUUAUGGAGAGGUUGAUGGAAUGAUGAUAAGGAUGGUUGUAUUGUGUAAUCAGUGUAAAUGUUUAAGACUGUAUAAGCUUUGUCAGUGGACUAAUUUGUUCUGUUACGGUAGCUGUUAUUGUUUCAAUAAAAGGUAAUAAUUUUAUGCUA